UAUUAAUCAGGGUCGGAACGCAGUUCAUUGCAGAAAACCCCUCCGGCAGGGCAGCUCCCGUAGGCAGGGCAGCAUGAACGGGACGGAGGGGAUCAAUUUUUACGUGCCUAUGUCCAACAAGACCGGGGUGGUGCGGAGCCCCUUCGAGUACCCGCAGUACUACCUGGCCGAGCCCUGGAAAUACCGCCUCGUGUGCUGCUACAUCUUCUUCCUCAUCUCCACCGGCUUCCCCAUCAACUUCCUCACCCUCCUGGUCACCUUCAAGCACAAGAAGCUCCGGCAGCCCCUCAACUACAUCCUGGUCAACCUGGCGGUGGCUGACCUGUGCAUGGCCUGCUUUGGUUUCACCGUCACCUUCUACACUGCCUGGAACGGCUACUUCGUGUUCGGCCCCAUUGGCUGUGCCGUGGAGGGAUUCUUUGCCACGCUGGGAGGCCAGGUCGCCCUGUGGUCCCUGGUCGUCCUGGCCAUCGAGCGCUACAUUGUCAUCUGCAAGCCCAUGGGCAACUUCCGCUUCUCCGCCAGCCAUGCCAUGAUGGGCAUCGCCUUCACCUGGGUCAUGGCCAUUUCCUGCGCCGCCCCGCCGCUCUUCGGCUGGUCCAGGUACAUCCCAGAGGGGAUGCAGUGCUCCUGCGGGCCCGACUACUACACCCACAACCCCGACUUCCACAACGAGUCCUACGUGCUCUACAUGUUCGUCAUCCACUUCAUCAUCCCCGUCGUCAUCAUCUUCUUCUCCUACGGGCGCCUCGUUUGCAAAGUCCGCGAGGCAGCUGCCCAGCAGCAGGAAUCGGCCACGACCCAGAAGGCGGAGAAGGAGGUGACACGGAUGGUGAUCCUGAUGGUGCUGGGCUUCAUGCUGGCCUGGACGCCCUACGCCGUGGUGGCGUUCUGGAUCUUCACCAACAAGGGCGCCGACUUCACGGCCACGCUGAUGGCAGUGCCUGCCUUCUUCUCCAAGAGCUCCUCCCUCUACAACCCCAUCAUCUACGUGCUCAUGAACAAACAGUUCCGUAACUGCAUGAUCACCACAAUCUGCUGCGGCAAGAACCCCUUUGGGGAUGAAGACACCUCCUCCACCGUAUCCCAGAGCAAGACCGAGGUCUCCUCCGUCUCCUCCAGCCAAGUAUCACCUGCAUAGAGCAUGGACAGUUUGCACUGGG